CUAUUAAUUAUGGUGGUUGUUCAAAUGGGACACUUAUCCGUGUUGCGUGCUAUGCUUUUGGGGAGUGCGUGAGUUGCGUCAGCCUCAGACCGCGAAUGGAUGCUGGCGAGGCAAGACGCACAUUUUCCCUUCUCUUCUCCCAGUUAUUAUUGGUAUGUUUAAAAGUAUUAAUUUGGUCAAAAUCCAUCAAAUAUAAAACGGAAUGUGGUAUGAGUCAAGUAUACAAAUGUAUUUUCAUGUAUUGGUUAUUUUUGAGUUUUAUGCGACUUUUGUCUGACGCACGUGGCGCUAAACAAUCUCAUGGUUUGUGCACAGUGUUUAACGGGAGUUAGCGCAACGGAUGUUUCUCUUAUCAAGUGUUCCAUGUGUUACAGGUCAAUAAAUGGAACCGUUUUGAAGCUGGUUUGCUGUUUCGAGUGAAAUUCCUUAUGUACAGAACCAGAUCUGCUACAUAAAACUGGUGCCGUGACCUUCUUGGAUACAACUGAUCAGCUGCAGCCGAUCACCGGGUGUUGUCCGUUCACGUGGAGCUGUUGCUGUGAUCUCCUUGGAUUCAUCGGGCCGGUCGUUGCAGUUGUGGCCAGAUGUCAAAUAGGGGAUUGAGUCCUGCCUUCCAGCGUCAACUAAUGAAGUUUCCUCAUUGCAGUGACGAUCAGGUUCUUUAACAUCGUUAAGACAUUGACUUUUGGAUCGAACAUUGAACCUUUAAGACAUUGAAUAAAUUUACUUUGGCGAGUGAUCAGUACAAAAAGUAAAAUGUACAACAUGUCUACACCAGUCUUGGGGAGGGGUAGAGUUUUCAGCAGUUCAGAUGCUGUUGCGAGACAUAAAGAAAAUGAUCAAAUUGACGAUGUCAAAUUUAGCCUUUCGCAAAUGGGGGAAAAAGUCAAUUAUGGUGCUUCAUCAUUCACGCCUGCCCCAAUAGACGAUGAUUCUCGUUUGCAGAUAACAGAGCUUCUUGAGGAGCUAGGUAGCCAAAUUGGCGAUAGUAUUUUGGACCGGCUCUUAGCUGAUCGUAAUCCCUCUGCUCUGGGGCAUCAGACUACCCCUGAGACAGUCAAAAGCGAGCUGGCUAGCACUACUCUUGACUUAUCUAGGUUGAAUCUGAUUGUACGAUCUGACAGUAGGGGGCCUCCUAUUUUCCGUGGUGAUGGUACAGAUAAACAUACUAUUCAUGAAUGGAUAGAGUUAAUGGAGGUAUACUUACAGAAGUGCGAUCACCCGAAGGCGAAGCAUGCCAAUGAGAUCUUGAAUCAUCUUUUGGGUAGAGCUAAAAACAUGGUCAAAGUAGGGCUAAAAAGCAAUCCCUCACCUGACAUGGUUGUUACUCCCGAGACCAUUUACAAAAUGCUCUUACGCUAUUUCAGUGACAGCCCAGAGUCUUGUCUUCCACUUGCAGACUUCUACUCUACACUGCCACAUGACAAAGAAAGCCCCGUUGACUAUUGGACCCGCCUCAGUAAUGCGGCCGAAAUCGCUGAUAAUCACUUGCAGAAUCAGGGUAGUCGAAUGAAGAACAUUUCACAGGAAAUUUCAAUGAUGUUUAUUAGAACCUGCCCUGAUGCUGAGCUUUCUAGUGUGUUCAGGUACAAGCCUAUCACCAAGUGGUCGUCUGCAGAGGUUCAGGAAGCGAUAGAUGAGCAUCAAAGGGAGCUGAGAAUAAAGAAACCACACUCUUACUCUCGCCCUGUCUGUUCGUUCCAAGUAGCAACUGCCACAGUCAGCCAUGGAGAAGCCACCACUGUGGUCAACGAUGCAGUGAACACCGCAGUGUGCAUCCCCAGUAUCCAGAACACUAAGCCUGAGAUCACCACACCGCCUCCACAUACUGUCUUGACUGACACAGGUACAUUAGAGCGAGUGCUCAGCAUGCUGGAGAGGGUGCUUGACCGCACUAAUACACAGGCUGCUCCUAAUAGACCACAAUUGCACUCCAUGUCUCGUCAAUCCAAAUGUCGCGUUUGCAGUGAGAGAACCCAUUCCACCUGGUCACACUGCAUAUCAGAGAAGAGAUGUCUGAUCUGCUUGGAAGUUGGUCACCAGCGCAGGAAUUGCCCUAGGAAAAGUGCCGAGUCUGGGAGCCGCUCUCAGAUUCAGGGAAACUGA